CGUUAAAUAUAUUUCGCUCCGUUUACUCCACGUGAUCAUACAUGGUAGGCAACAAAUCUGCUUCUGCUCGCUCGGCUUCCGAUUUUUGAAAGCGAACAUACCUAGCCUUAAAAAUAAUAAAUCUCAAAAUUUUACCUAGUUAUUCGAAAAUUAAAUAAAAAUGCGAAAAACGCCUGUGCUUCUUCGUCAGCAUAUAGGAUGGCAUUUCGCGAAGCAUUGGGUUUUACAAGGAAAGCGAAAACCUUUAGAUACAGGAGCCGAGAAAAUUCUGAAAAGUAAAGGCAUUGCUGUGUGCAAACCAGAAGAUAUUAUUGAUGAAAAAAAAGAAUCCAAGAAAAUUGAAAUCGUUGACUGCUUUGAUCGACCGCCACCUCUCGAUGAAACUCAUCCUAAUUGGCAUGAUGAAAUAUUGUUAUCUUACAAAGACGAUAAUGUUCUUUUGGAAGGCUUAUCCCAAGCUAAAAUUAUCACCAAUACUGUGGAAGUCAGGCAAGGUUUACCAGAACGAAUACAAUCAAAUGAACUAUCUGAAGAUAUUAACGAGGCUGCUAAAACAAUCAUUAUGAACUCCCAUUUGUUAGAUGCAGAACAGAAAAAAUUGCCCAAGGUGAAAGAUCCUGAAAGACCAGCCUGGAACUUUCCUCGAACUUAUGGUAUCACACAGGGCAGAAGAAACAAACUUAUAACAUCGAAAUUACUCAACUUGAUAGAAUCUACAAGUGGUCAUCAGCUAACCAAAGAAAGAUACCUUUUUGAAGACCUGUUCUUUUCGUUCCCAUUUGAAAGAAACGGAAUGCUGCUCCAGUUUCAACUAAGCGGAGAUUUUGUUUUGACUUCAUCGAAGCCAUUGUCGCCAAUUUCAGAGGAAUCAACAGAGAAUUUAGAACUACCUGAUAUAUAUCCCGUUGAUCCUAUGAUUACGUUAAAUAAUGAAAACAUUUAUGAGACCAGAAGUAUUUACCCGAUAAAUCCAAAUAUUAAGAAGUCUCACCCACAUACUCUUUUCAUACACUUUGAUAGAGAAGUUGUGAAAAAUUUGUUCGAAGAGGUGGUAACGGAUAAUCAGAUAUUCGGAAGAUCUCUUCUAAAAACUUUCACAGUAGCUGCGAGUUAUGCCAGACAAAAAUAUGGGGAUGACGUUAAGAAUUUACCAAAACCAGUGACACUACAGUCUGUUCAAACGGAUGGACGCUUCUUCCAUCUAGGAGUUCUUCAGUUGAAUACCCUGGAUUUAGAAGGUACUAGGAGAAACCUUUGGUACCAAACCCCCUUACAGUACCUAUUCGAUAAUUGUGGUUACAAAGUUGGUAGGCCAAGAUUAGAAGGUUAUAAUAGUAAGGUUAUAAAACAACUUUAUGGAUUUUACAAUAGCGUUUAACAAUAAAGUGUAUCAGUAAAAUGUUGAUACAUCAA